GAAGUGAGUCGCCGGAAGAAGCAUGGUUGCUUCCGGGGAUCUGGCCAGCUCCGCACGCUGAAUUGCCGGCACCAUGCAGUCCGAUGAUGUUAUCUGGGAUACACUAGGAAACAAGCAAUUUUGUUCCUUCAAGAUAAGAACCAAGACACAGGGCUUUUGCAGAAAUGAGUACAGCCUGACUGGCCUGUGUAACCGGUCGUCCUGUCCCCUGGCAAACAGUCAGUAUGCCACUAUCAAAGAAGAGAAGGGACAGUGCUUCCUGUACAUGAAGGUGAUAGAACGAGCAGCUUUCCCUAGGCGGCUCUGGGAACGGGUCCGGCUUCACAAAAACUAUGAGAAAGCACUGGAGCAAAUAGAUGAAAAUCUAAUUUACUGGCCCCGUUUCAUUCGACACAAGUGUAAGCAGAGAUUCACCAAGAUCACCCAGUACCUAAUUCGAAUUCGAAAACUUACACUAAAGCGACAGAGGAAACUUGUUCCUUUGAGUAAGAAGGUGGAGCGGAGAGAAAAAAGAAGAGAGGAAAAGGCAUUAAUAGCUGCCCAGCUGGAUAAUGCCAUUGAAAAGGAAUUGCUGGAGAGACUUAAACAAGAUACGUAUGGCGACAUCUACAACUUCCCCAUUCAUGCCUUCGACAAGGCCCUGGAACAGCAGGAGGCAGGGAGCGACUCUUCAGAUGCUGAGGAACAAGAUGAAGAUGAUGAGGAAGAUGUGGGAAAAAGAGAGUUUGUGGAAGCUGAUGAGGCGGAUGAGAGUGACAUAAGUGACUUUGAGGAUAUGGACAAACUGGAUGCCAGCAGUGAUGAAGAUGAGGGUGAGAAAUCCUCCAGUGAGGAAGAAGAAAAGGCCCUUGACGCCAAACACAAAGGCAAAACACCCUUGAAAGGAACUUUGCGGAGAAAACGAGCCUAUGUGGAGAUUGAGUAUGAGCAGGAGACAGAGCCUGUGGCCAAGGCCAAAACCACGUGAAUUACGUUCAGACAUUUUUAACAGGACUGAACAUUUUGAACUUUAUCCUAUCGUCAUCACAUACAUACCUCGUUUCACUCUUUUUUUUUAUGUAACACAAUAUUUGUGUUUUUUAUAUUUAUGCCACUUCUGUAGAGCAAGAAAUCUGGGGGAGAGUGGAGGAAAUCCUUAAAGUUAUAAACAGAGUAUUUUUAUAGCUUUGGAAUGUGUUGAGGUGAUAGCUUGACAGAUGAGUUUAUGAUUGUAAAUAUAUAAUAAAGAGGCAAUAUACAAAUUGACCAUCACACCCUUACAACAGGGCAGUGCCCAGAGCAGGGGCGGGGCCGGCUGCUACCCCAGCUGCCCAGGGCCAGCCGAGUCCUGCGCUGCUGGCAGUUGGAGCAGCAGAGGUGUGAUGGGGGCGUCGAUACCCGCCCCCUGAGGGCUCCCAGACUGUGAGGGGGGCAGGCCGGGCUGAGGGACACUCCCCCACACCUCCAGUGCAUGAAUUUUCAUGCAUCAGGCCUCUAGUUUAUAAAUGGUAGCCACCUUAGGUGCCCACCC